GCCAAGACCCGCACAGUUUUGGGGUAGUUUUGUUAUGCACGUAGUGGAAGAUGUCAAGUUCUAAGAGCAAUAAGGGUACGAAGGGUAAAAAAGUGGUUAAUCAGGAGGAGUUGCGUCGGUUGAUGAGAGAGAAACAAAGAGGAUCCGACAGAAAGAAAAAAGUAGAAUCGCCGUUUGCAAAAUACAACUCCCUCGGUCACCUAAGCUGUGUGCUCUGCAAAGUACCUGUGAAAUCAGACAUACUAUGGCAAGCACACGUUCUCGGGAAACCGCAUAAAGAUAAAGUCGCUGAGCUAAAAGGAGCAAAGCAACCUCAAGUUCACAACCAGGGCCAGUCCAAACCAGACCAAUCAUCACUGCUGAAAAGGAAAGCGCCAGAGACAGAUGCAUCCUCAGGGAAAAAACUCAAAGACGCUGGUUCCACGUCUUCCGGGCUUCCUCCAGGAUUUUUUGACGGGGGUAAGAACCCCACGAGAUCGGGAAUAUUAAGUGGCAUGUAUGAUGAAGAUGACGAUGACGAUGAUGAUGACGAAGACGAACACGACAGCGGUGUUGCAACAUCUGGAAAAGCCGAAGAAGUGAAAUUACCCAGUGCCUCCGCAGGUGUUGAAGUUGCACCAAAUUCGGGACUUCCUGCAGACUUUUUUGACAGUGGUAUCCCGCCUGCCCCAAGUGUUUCCCACUCGGGUUCUAUUUCUAAACCAGACGAAGCUGACAAGGUCACAGAGAAGAGGGAGAACUCAGCUGAGGCUUUACCCGAGGGGUUUUUCGAUGACCCAGUGAGAGAUGCCAAGGUGCGCAAUGUGGACACACCCAAAGACAUCAUGGACAAGGAGUGGGAAGACUUUCAGAAGGCGAUGCGACAGGUGAAUACCGCAUCCGAUGCUAUUGUUGCUGAGGAUGACGAAGAAGGGCGUUUGGAGCGUCAAAUCGAUGAGAUUGACGAGCAGAUUGAAUGCUACCGCCGAGUGGAGGUGCUACGAGAUAAACAGGAGGUCGUCAAAGACAAAAUAGUUCAAGUGAAGACGGGUGCUUCUGCAGAGUGCUCUGGUGACAGUGAUGAAGAUGAUGAAGAGGAAUUGCUGCAUGUGUUGUCCCGGGACUGGAGGGCUAAAGGAGCUCUUGCUUGAUGUAGCCUACUUUGUCAAGUUACUAACAGUGUGUUUCUGCCGUUUUCCAAAAUGUGUACAUAGCAAUGGUGUUUGGGGGUGCUUGUAUUUCUUUGUUAGAACAUUUGUUCAAACACAUGGUUGUUGAAACAUUGUGAUGUUUCAACAAAAUGUAGAUUUGUUACUUUCAAAGUCCACCUUCAAAUUUAGUUAAAUACAAAUAUCAAAACAUUUCCGAGAUGGUGUUGCAUGGGAAUCUUCUUUUGACAAAACAAAUUGAGCUAUAGUUGAUUAA